AUGAAUAUGAACAGUCUUUCGCAUACAGAGCAAGCUGAGACAAGUUUACCCCGCUCGCCAAAGCGACAAAAGAUUUUCCACCAUGGCGGUUUGUCUACCCGACGGCAUGAUGAUUAUACCAUCGCCUGGGUUUGCGCACUGCCUAUAGAGAUGGCUGCAGCUCGGGCCAUGCUGGACGAGACUCACGAAUCCCUACCUACGCAUGUAGACGACUACAACACCUAUUUACUGGGAAAUAUCAAGCAGCAUAACAUUGUAAUUGCGUGUUUGCCACUUGAGUAUGGAACAAACAAUGCAGCCACUGUCGUGACGAACCUAAAGCGAACUUUCUCAGCAAUCCGCGCGAGUUUGAUGGUCGGGGUUGGUGGCGGCGUGCCAAGCAAAGCUGAUAUACGCUUAGGCGAUGUCGUCGUCGGCACAAGGGUGAUGCAGUUUGAUCUUGGGAAAAUUGUCCCAGACGGAAAGUUUCAGCGAACAGCGAUCCCUAGGACUCCCCACUUGCUGCUUGGGACAGCUGUGUCUGCCCUUCGGUCAAAACACGAACUAGACCCCACUCAAAUCCCAUCUAUUGUACAGCAGAAGCUGGAGGGACACGUCAAGUACGGUCGCCCAAGCUCACCAGAUCGCCUCUUUGAAGCGACGUAUGAUCAUGAAACUAGUUCAACAACUUCUUGUGAUGGGUGCGACCAUUCAAGGCUAGUGCCACGAGGCAGACGGAUGUCAUACGAUGUGAGGAUUCAUUACGGCGCAAUCGCUUCAGGAAAUCAAGUCAUGAAACACGGCACUACCCGGGACAACGUUGCUCGAGAACUGAAUGUCAUUUGUUUCGAGAUGGAGACUGCUGGCCUGAUGGAUAUUCUCCCUUGUCUCCCAAUUCGAGGAAUCUGCGACUACUCAGAUUCUCACAAGAACAAAAAAUGGCAGAGGUACGCCGCAGCAACUGCGGCCGCUUACGCAAGGGAGCUUCUCGAGGAGCUACCUCUGACCGAAGCGCAUACAAGAGUUAGUUAUAGUUCAAAUCAGUGUUUAUCGCAGGAAUACCGGCAAGCCUUGUUAGAUUCCCUUAGUUUUAAACAAAUCGAUUCCCGCAAAUCGACCAUCGAGAGCGCUCACCAAAAAACUUGUCGAUGGAUUCUCAGCCAUCCUGACUACGAGGCAUGGCUUGAUCCUACCAAAUUGACCCAAUACCAUGGAUUUUUGUGGAUCAGCGGCAAGCCUGGCGCCGGCAAAUCCACCAUCAUGAAGUUCGCAUACUCCACCAUGAAAUCAAAGGCUUGCAGCAAGAAUGCCACCACUGCUUCCUUCUUCUUCAACGCUCGAGGUGAAUACUUGGAAAAGUCCAUCAUGGGGAUGCAUCGUUCGUUGCUACUUCAGCUGCUUGUAGGGUACCCUGACCUUCAGACUGUUUUGGACGACCCCAACCUUGUCUCCCAGAGUCAAACUGGUUGUCCAUCCUUGAAUACUCUCAAAGGCCUUUUCAGUAACGCAGUUGCCGCUCUUGGUCAACGCUCUUUUACCUGCUUCAUCGAUGCUCUCGACGAAUGUGAUGAACAACAAGUUGUUGACAUGGUUCAGUACUUCGAAGACCUGGCAGAACAAUCCACGGCGAAGGGUAUUCCAUUCAGAAUAUGUUUUUCCAGUCGACAUUACCCCUACAUUAACAUACGACAGGGGAUCCAAUUUACACUAGAGGAUCAGUCUGGCCAUGCGGAAGACUUAGCAGCUUACGUCGCUAGCCGCCUCCAAAUCAAAAACUCAGCACUGGUCGAAGAACUACGACCCCAACUUCUCGGUAAAGCUGCUGGCGUUUUCAUGUGGGUCGUAUUGGUUGUCAAUAUUCUCAACAAAGAGUAUCGACGGGGUGGGCUGAGCCUGAGAAAGAGACUCGCAGAAAUACCGACUGAUUUGAGCGACCUGUUCAAAGACAUCUUGAGGCGUGACAAUGAGAAUAUGGAGGAUUUGUUGCUUUGUAUUCUCUGGAUAUUGUGCGCAAAACGGCCUUUGCAACCGAAGGAGUUUUAUCAUGCCCUCUGGUCUGGUUUGUCACUGAAGAAUCUGGUCGACAGCCAGAUUCCCGAUGUCACCGUCCCAGAUAACAGUGAAAAGUUGAGCAGAUUUAGCAGAUAUGUCAUCAGCUCUUCAAAAGGGCUUGCUGAGAUCACAAAAUCAAAGCAGCCAGUAGUGCAAUUUAUACAUGAAUCUGUUCGAGACUUCCUUAUCAAAGACAGGGGUUUGCAGGAACUGUGGCCUGACCUUGGAUUUGACUGGGAGAGCCCAAGCCACGACAAACUCAAACAAUGCUGUGCCUUCUACAUGAAUCACGGCUUGGUGCGUUCCUCUGUUAGUAGGUUGUUUUCACAGUCCCAUUUAAAUAUGCGGACAGAAAUUUCACAAGUUUACCCGUUUUUGGAGUACGCCAGUCAGAAUAUCCUCUACCAUGCCAAUGCUGCGGCAAAUGUAAUCCCUCAAGAUGAGUUUCUAUCUUCUUUUCCGAUUUCUAACUGGAUUAAUAUCAACAAUGUCUUCGAGAACUUCAAGGUUCGACAGUAUAACUGGGAUGCAAGUUUCUUUUACGUUUUAGCAGACAAAGGAUUUGCUGAACUCAUACGUACAAGGCUCAAAAAAGAUCAGGAAAUUCAUGUUCAUGGAGAAAGAUAUAGGUAUCCGCUGUUUGCCGCUUUGGUCAAUAGUAACAAAGACGCUGUUGCUGCCCUCUUGAACUUGCCUUCGAGCCAUUAUGAUGGAGUUGACAUUACCGAAGGACUGAGCUAUGGUAAAGAUUUGAAGGAACACAAAUAUCGGACACCUCUAUCUUGGGCAGCCCAGGAAGGUCAGGCAGGCAUUGUCAAACUACUUCUCCAGACAAGAACAACCGUCGAUGAAAUGGAUAUGGGAGGGCGAAACCCAAUUUCGCGAGCCUCGGAGAAGGGCCACGAGGUAGUGGCUACGUUGCUUAUUGACAGGGAGGCAGAUGUCAACAGCAGAGAUAAAUCUGGAAGAACACCGCUUCUAUAUGCUUCACGUAAUGGCCAUGAGGCAGUGAUAAGGCUGCUUAUUGAGAGGGGGGCAGAUGUCAACGCUAUGAGUAAAUAUGGAAGGACACCGCUUCAAUACGUCUCCAUGAGUGGCCAUGAGGCAGUAGUAAGGCUAUUUAUUGACAGGGGGGCAGAUAUCAACAGCAGAGAUAAAUCUGGAAUGACACCUCUUCAAUACGCCUCAAUGAGUGGCCAUGAGGCAGUGAUAAGGCUGCUUAUUGAGAGGGGGCAGAUGUCAACGCUAUGA